GUCGUAAGGCUUCUCCCUCUCUGUCUUGACCGUUCGCGGAAGUUAUGUGAGAGAAACCCAGAGAGAAGGAAGGAAAAAAAAAAAAGGCAACUUCCUGCUCCUCAGCUUUUGCUGUUGGCUCGAUCUCAGAAGGUUCUGUUGCACCCAAUGUGCACGAUCCGAGGUUGCUAUUAUCCUAGGUACUGUGCAAAUGCCAUUUUUAGAAAUGAAGAGCAAAAUAAGCAAGGAUUCUUCAAGAGAAAAAAGGGUUCUUGGUGUUUGUAAGAAACCUAAUACAAUUUCAAAAUGUUCGUCAUGCUCCGAGUGCAAAAUUGUGGUGCAACUAGAUGAUUCGACCACAGCUACUCAUACUUGCCACUGUGGUGAACAGGAGCAUUUUGGUCUGGAUACUUCUGCUCGGGUUCUCGAAACCAAUGAACCGGUAGAUAUGCUUGUUGAAGACACUUUUCACUCUCAGGCAUUUGCAUCUCCCUAUGAUGGUUCCAGAUCUGCUGAAAAGAUGGAAAUUGCUUGCAAUUAUGCUUCAAACUCGGAGAUAAUAUUUUCUCAUGUUCUAGAUGAUGAACUGGAUUCUCAAACUGAUCCGGGAAAUAUUGUGCAUUGGGAGAUGGCGAGGUGGGAUGCUGAUGAAAGUGGCAGGAAGAUUUCCUUUGACAAUCAAGCUUGCAAUGUUUCAGAUCUCUUUAUUUCUGAUGUGCUUAUUGCGAGUUUACCAUUCAAUGAGAAUGGAGCUGGUGAUGUUUUCACCGAAAUAAGUCCCUUGCCUCGUUACAUAUUUCCAGAGCCAAAUGUUUUGCUUGAUGUAGCUGAGCAGUGCAUGCUAUUACCUUACCUAGAAGAUGGAUCAGCCAGGACAGAUGGGGUCAAGUCAGAUGAAGACAGCAGGAUUAAUGUUGACAACCAUGACUUAUUUCUGGGGAACAUUUGGACAAGUUCAUACAACAUGGGAUCGGAGGUUCAUGCUGAUGCCGAGCAAGCUGAAGAUUUUGAUCCGCAACUUUUCAUAAAAAAUCAACCGGAAUUAUCCGAUGUUGUAUUGAAUUAUUGGCCUGAUCUGCAGCCAAGGGAUAUCCAAAGAAGGAAGGCUGUGACCCUUGUUCUUGAUUUGGAUGAAACCCUGGUCCAUUCGUCUCUGGAACCAUGCAAUGAUGCAGACUUUACAUUCAGAGUCUUUUUCAAUAUGCAAGAGAACACAGUAUAUGUAAAACGGAGGCCUCACCUUUACAGGUUCUUGGAGAGGGUGGUAGAAUUGUUUCAUGUUGUUAUCUUCACGGCUAGCCACAGCAUCUAUGCCUCACAGCUUCUAGAUAUAUUGGACCCCGAUGGAAAGUUCAUAUCCCAACGCUUUUAUCGUGACUCAUGCAUUCUUUCAGAUGGAAUUUACACCAAGGAUUUAACUGUUUUGGGUCUUGAUCUUGCAAAAGUUGCUAUAGUUGACAACUGUCCGCAGGUAUACAGAUUGCAAAUAAACAAUGGGAUCCCUAUCAAAAGUUGGUAUAAUGAUCCAACAGAUGAUGGCCUAAUUUCUUUACUUCCCUUCUUAGAGACUCUGGCUGAUGCCAAUGAUGUCCGGCCUAUCAUUGCCAGGAGAUUCGGUUCAGAGCUGCGUUUGCUUCUGUGUUUGGACUUCUCUUAUGAUGUCAGUUGCUUUACACACCUGAUACUCGUUGUUGAUUGGCUGGCGUGAAAUUUAUAGUUAAAAGACUUAUUGAUCCAAACUGUUCAUUAGAUCCUUGAGCUAUCUGUUAUAUAACUGAGGAGAAAUUGCUAGUAAGACCCUGUCUUGAAAGUUUGAUGUUAAAAAUGAAAGAAAAAGAACUGUAGGUAGAGUUUGUUUGCCAUUGAAGAAUACUGAAUACGUUUUCUUUUCCUUCUGUACCACUUUCAUCUUUUAUCUGCUUUUGGAGAGCAUUAGCUUCUAUGUUUCAUAUCUUAAUGGUUUUGAGCACAGUUGUCCCGUUUGUGUCUGGGCUUUGCGUACAUCUGAGGCGGGGAAUAUGGGUCUUGGUUUGAGGUAUAAAGUAUGGUCUAACAUCAUAAUUCAUGUUGAAGUUUUUCAUGAUUUUGCAUGCCUUAUGUGCAGAUCAUCCAACAAACAAUACUUAAAUUAUACGCUUAAAGGGAUGAGAGUGUGAGUAGGUAUGUAAAACCAUUUUGAUUCUAUGUACUUGCGUCCUUCAUACUAUUUAUACAUACCUCUCGAUGCAUAGCUAUAUCCGUACAAGUUCAGUUAUGCCUAACAGUCUUCUUUUGCUUUUGGGGGGUUCUGGUUCAUCUUCUCCAAUAUCUUGUUGUCUCCAUACCGAGAAAUAUAAUUCUUUAAGUUGAGAGUAACAAUCCGAAUGACAUCAAUCACGUUGUCCAAACCCUGUUGUUGUCUGUCUCUUUUCUUCCCAUUUGUUUCUUGUAAGGAAUGAUAACAGGGUUAUAUCACAUACAUACAUAUACACAGAUGUGAUGUUUAUGUUCUCUCCUUCAUAAAUGGCUUUCAUUGUUGCUUUGCU